CUCCGGAAUGGCAGAAGACGACCCAUACUUGGGAGGGCAUGAACAAAUGUUUCCUUUGAAUCCUUUGAAUCAUACAAUAUUUAAUCCAGAAUUAUUCCAACCAGAGAUGGCACUGCCAACAGCAGAUGGCCCAUAUCUUCAAAUAUUAGAGCAACCUAAACAGAGAGGGUUUCGUUUCCGUUACGUGUGCGAAGGCCCAUCCCACGGCGGGCUGCCUGGCGCAUCGAGUGAAAAGAACAAGAAGUCCUACCCUCAGGUCAAAAUCUGCAACUAUAUGGGACCAGCAAAGGUCAUUGUUCAGUUGGUCACAAAUGGAAAAAAUAUCCACCUGCACGCCCACAGCCUGGUGGGAAAGCACUGUGAGGACGGGAUCUGCACCGUAAAUGCGGGACCCAAGGACAUGGUGAUCGGCUUCGCAAACCUGGGUAUACUUCACGUGACAAAGAAAAAAGUAUUUGAAACACUGGAAGCACGAAUGACAGACGCGUGUAUAAGGGGCUAUAAUCCCGGACUCUUGGUGCAUCCUGACCUUGCCUAUUUGCAAGCGGAAGGUGGAGGGGACCGCCAGCUCACAGAUCGGGAGAAGGAGCUCAUCCGCCAGGCGGCUCUUCAGCAGACAAAGGAGAUGGACCUCAGCGUGGUGCGGCUCAUGUUCACGGCUUUCCUCCCCGACAGCACCGGCAGCUUCACUAGGCGCCUGGAACCCGUGGUGUCCGACGCCAUCUACGACAGCAAAGCUCCCAAUGCGUCCAACUUGAAAAUUGUAAGAAUGGACAGGACAGCUGGCUGCGUAACUGGAGGGGAAGAAAUUUAUCUUCUCUGUGACAAAGUUCAGAAAGAUGACAUCCAGAUUCGUUUUUACGAAGAGGAGGAAAAUGGUGGAGUUUGGGAAGGAUUUGGAGAUUUUUCCCCCACGGACGUUCAUAGACAAUUUGCCAUUGUCUUCAAAACUCCGAAGUAUAAAGAUGUCAACAUUACAAAACCAGCCUCUGUGUUCGUUCAGCUUCGAAGGAAAUCUGAUUUGGAAACUAGCGAACCAAAACCUUUUCUCUACUAUCCUGAAAUCAAAGAUAAAGAGGAAGUACAAAGGAAACGGCAGAAGCUCAUGCCCAAUUUCUCGGAUAGUUUCGGUGGCGGCAGUGGUGCCGGGGCUGGAGGCGGAGGCAUGUUUGGUAGCGGCGGUGGAGGAGGGGGUGCUGGAAGCACAGGUCCAGGAUAUAGCUUCCCAAACUAUGGAUUUCCCACCUACGGUGGGAUUACCUUCCAUCCCGGAGCCACUAAAUCUAAUGCUGGGAUGAAGCAUGGAACUUUAGACACUGAAUCUAAAAAUGACCCUGAAGGUUGCGACAAGAGUGAUGACAGAGAGCUUGUAAAUCUCUCUGGGAAAGUCACUGGAGCCGCAGAGCAAGAGAAGGGGUCCGGCAGGCCCAGCAGCGGGGGCGACGAGGGAGCGAGGGACGACACUGCCGGGUUUCAGGAUCACCUCUUUCUGGAGAAGGCCAUGCAGCUCGCCAAGAGGCACGCCAAUGCGCUGUUCGACUACGCGGUGACCGGGGACGUGAAGAUGCUGCUGGCCGUCCAGCGCCACCUCGCUUCGGCGCAGGAUGAGAACGGGGACAGUGUCUUACACUUAGCAAUCAUCCACCUUCAUGCUCAGCUGGUGAGGGAUCUACUGGAAGUCACGUCUGGUUUGAUUUCUGAUGAAAUUAUCAACAUGAGAAAUGACCUGUACCAGACGCCCUUGCACCUGGCAGUGGUCACCAAGCAGGAAGAAGUGGUGGAGGAUUUGCUGAGGGCCGGGGCCGACCCGAGCCUUCUGGACCGCGUGGGCAACUCUGUCUUGCACCUGGCCGCCAAAGAAGGACAUGACAAAAUUCUCAGCGUCUUGCUCAGGCACGACAAGGCAGCACGACUUAUCGACCACCCCAACGGGGAAGGUCUGAGCGCCAUCCACCUCGCCAUGGAGGGCAACAGCCUGCCGUGCCUGCUGCUGCUGCUGGCCGCGGGGGCGGACGCCAACGCCCAGGAGAGGAAGUCCGGGCGCACGGCGCUGCACCUGGCCGUGGAGCAGGACAACGUCUCCUUGGCGGGCUGCCUGCUGCUGGAGGGUGAUGCCCACGUGGACAGUACCACCUAUGAUGGAACCACGCCCCUGCACAUAGCGGCUGGGAGAGGGUCCACCAGGCUGGCAGCUCUUCUCAAAGCAGCAGGAGCAGACCCCCUGGUGGAGAACUUUGAGCCUCUCUACGACCUGGAUGACUCUUGGGAAAGUGCGGGCGAGGAUGAGGGCGUCGUGCCCGGGACCACACCUCUGGACAUGGCCGCCAGCUGGCAGGUGUUUGACAUAUUGAAUGGGAAACCGUACGAGCCAGAGUUUACACCUGACGAUCUGCUCGCACAAGGAGACAUGAAACAGCUGGCCGAAGACGCAAAGCUGCAGCUCUACAAGUUGCUAGAAAUUCCCGAUCCAAACAAAAACUGGGCCACUCUGGCACAGAAACUAGGACUGGGGAUACUUCAUAACGCCUUCCGGCUCAGUCCCGCUCCGUCUAAAACGCUCAUGGACAACUAUGAGGUCUCCGGGGGGACGGUCCGGGAGCUGGUGGAGGCGCUGAGACAGAUGGGCUACACGGAAGCCAUCAACGUGAUCCAGGCGGCGUCCGGCCCAGGGAAGACCCCCGCUCAGGCCCCCUCGCUGCCUCUCUCGCCUUCCUGCACGAGGCAGCAACUAGACGAGCUCCGGGACAACGACAGCAUCUGCGACAGCGGCGUGGAGACGUCCUUCCGCAAACUCAGCUUCAUGGAGUCUCUGACCAGCAGCAGCCCACUGCUAACUCUUAACAAAACGCCCCCCGAUUACGGGCAGGAGGGGCCUAUCGAAGGCGAGAUUUAGCCCGCUGGCGGCGUCCUCGCCGCCCGAACCAAAGCCCUGAGCCCCCACCGCGCGCCGGAGGAAGGACGGCCAAGUGCAUCCAGAGGUGCUCGGAGGAAAGGCGCCUGCCUCGGUCGUGCUCGAUCUGGUUGAAGGCCUUUCACACCUGGCUUCCUUUCUUGGCUACAACCGAGUUUUAGUUCGGUUCUCUUGCAGAUAGCACCUGGCAGUCGCCGGGGAGGGGGUGGCUGAUGGCGCUUUGCUGGCUGCUCCUGGAUCACCGUUGCUUCUGUUGUCGUCGCUGCUGCCCCUGCUGCCUCCUGCUGUCAUUAAAAGGUGUCACUGUCCCCACUCUGUGUCCUCUCCAGCCAUCCACAGCAUUCAGCUUAAGCAUAAGAAAAGGGAUGUUUUAAAAUGAGAGUCACUCAGUGUGCAAUAAAAAAGGCUCAUUGCUUUUUCUAAGGUGGUUAGCUCUGUGAUUUGAAAAAAGAGAACAUGUACUUGUCGAUAUUUAAACAUGGUUACAAUCAGUGCUGAAAAUGGUAUUUUCCCC